CUCAUUGGUUAAUUUUUGAUCAGGCGUUUCCGCAGUCGCUCUGUUUGGGGUCCUGACUCGCUGCGCUUCCUGGUCCACGUAUUGAGAAGCUGCUAACAUCCUCCUGUGGACAGAUAAUGACAGCUGACUGUGUUUAUCUCAUAAACAGUUUUCAUCUUUCAUGUCCGGCAGUGAACCCCCGGCGGUAGCCCGGUGACCGGAGACGUUUUCACACCGUGACGUCAUUUAAAACGGAUACAAAAUGUCUUGGUUUACUGAUCUGGCCGGGAAAGCUGAAGACUUCCUGAAUAAAGUGGACCAGGGAGCCGCCACAGCCCUGACCAAGAACCAGGAGAGGUCAUCCUCCUUCUCUUCGUCUUAUGGAGAAGAAUCAGUCGUCACAGCUGAGUACAACACCGCAGGGUACAAGACGGACGUGGCUGCCACGCAUCACACCUACACAUCCUCUCACGACGCCCCCAGCUUCAUCUCCUCAGCAGCCGGAAACAUCAAGAGAUCCAGUGCGACCCUGCUGUCUGGUACCGCCAACGUGAGCGGCGGCCCGUCUGGUUCUGGUAGCGCCGCGCCUAACGCUUCCAAGGGCUCGUCCGGCUUCGUGAGGCCCAAAAAGAGCGAGCAGGACGAAGUGGACGACGACAUGCUGUUUGACUUCCUGAACAGCUCGGACCCCCCCGUCAGCAGCAGGAGGGAUUCAAGAAGAGAACUUGUGAAAGCGGCAGGUCCGUUCACCGAGGCCCAAGACCUGACGCCGCCUCUUUCCACCACUCCUCACCCCGUCCCCUCCGCGCCGUCGACGCCCCCCUCCACCAGGGGCGUGUCCAGGACCUCCAGUAUGAGCUCGCUGUCUGCUCACAGCGUCAAAACAUCAGAGGAGAGCUCGGCUAAAGAGCAGAGCCAAGAGACACCUGAGGGGUCAGACUCGGGGUUUGCUCUCCCUCAGGAGUCCAGCAGACAGGAGCCUCCUCCUCCUUCUCCUCCUCCUCCUCCUCCUCCCACAGAGGAGCCACAGAGUCAGAUCCUGUCCAGUCUGCGUCUGGAGAACCAGCUGCUGCGUAGUGAGGUGGCGUCCCUCAACCAGGAGAUGGCGUCGGUCAUCCAGAGAGCAAAAUCCUUACAAGACGAACUGAACCAGACCCGCCUGCGUGCAGACCGGUGGAACUCGGAGCAGGCUCAGACGGACCGGAUGCUGCGUGAACUUCGCUCACAUGUUGAUGACCUCACGGAAACCCUCUCUGCCAAAGACGGUCAACUCGCAGUCCUGAAAAUCCGACUGGAUGAAGCCGAUCAGCUGCUGAAGUCUCGCAGUGCUGCGUUAGACGAGGCACAGAAGGAAAAGUCGAGGAUCAUGCAGGACCACACAGAAGGGAGCAGCAUGCACAACCAGACUAUAGAAACCAUCCAGGAGAGGCUGCGAGACGCUGAGCUGGCUCUCAGGAGGGAACAGGACAACUACCGGCAGAUGCAGAGUGAGUACGCUGGCCGUCUGUCCAAAGUGGAGGCUGAGAGGCAGACCCUGGCAGAGACGGUGACGGCAGCAGAGCGACGAGCUGCGGAGGAGAAGCUCCGGGUCGACGAGGUCCAGCAGCAGCUGAAGAGUUCCAAAGCUUCAGCCGAGAGCGCCAAACAGGAGCUACAGGACUACAAGCACAAAGCUUCACGCAUCCUGCAGUCCAAAGAGAAGUUGAUCAGCAGUCUGAAGGAGGGAUCUGGUCUGGAGACCCUGGAGGGCAGUGGGUCCAUGACUCUGGAGCUGGAGGAUCUGCGUCACGAUAAGGAGCUGCAGAGGGAGGAGAUCCAGAAACUACAGGGGCAGGUGCACACGCUGCGGACUGAAAUCCAGGAUUUGGAGAAUCAGGCUCUAACGGAGGCGGAGACGUGGCGGGAGCAGCAGGUGCAGCUAGAGGAGCAACAGGCUGCACAUAGCCGAGCUAAGCAGGAGGUGGAGGCUGAGGUCGAGCGCUACAAACAGGAGCUGCAGUACCUGGAGGAGGAGAACCAUCGAGCAAAAACCACCCUGCAGAGCAGAGUCAAGGACCGAGAAGACGAAAUCCAGAAACUGAGGAACCAGUUGACCAACAAGACUCUGAGCAACAGCCAAGCGGAGCUGGAGAAUCGCCUCCACCAGCUGACGGAGACUCUGAUCCAGAAGCAGACCAUGCUGGAGGCUCUGGGCACAGAGAAGAGCUCUUUGGUCUUCCAGCUGGAGCGUCUGGAGCAGCAGCUGAAGAACGCUCAGAGCGGACAGAGCGGAGGGCCGGCCAUCAACAUGAGCGGUCUGGAGGGACCAGGGGCAAGACAAAGAAACACACCGAUCCUGUUCAGCGAUCAGGACAGUCCGGGAGUUUACGGACAAGUACGAAAGGCAGCCAGCACCAUUGAUCGUUUCAGCAUCCGACUCGGUAUCUUCUUGAGACGCUACCCUGCAGCCAGAGUUUUUGUUAUCCUGUACAUGGCGAUCCUGCACCUGUGGGUGAUGAUCGUCCUCCUGACGUACACACCAGAGAUGCAUCACGGUCAUCCUGAUGGCAGAUAGAAGUCGUGGUUUCCUGGAUUGUGUGAUUGUUCCUCCUGCUCUCGGUGGACGAGCUGCUGGCUCCUGACUCUCCCUGUUUUGCACAGAAAUUCUAAGAAUUCAAGUCAUUUCCUCUGAUUUAUUCUUUAUUAUUUCCAACCGAAGAUGAAUAAACGACAGCUGUCCACACUGACAGGGUUUAAAGUAAUUACAGAGUGAUAUAUAUAUAUUGUACUGGUGGUCUGUUGGAAGGACUUGAACUCAAACUCUCUCAUCUGUUCUUCUCGUCGUCUGCUGUCAGAGCUCGGUGCUCUGCAGAGAUUGUAUUUAACACUAUGUAAAAAGAAUCUUUUAAUAAACGAGUUAGAAGAAACGACA